AUGUCUGCCGCGAACCUGGAAGUUUCCCAGUUCAAGCUCGUCCUCGUCGGUGACGGUGGUACCGGCAAGACCACCUUCGUCAAGCGUCACUUGACCGGAGAGUUCGAGAAGAAGUACAUUGCCACACUCGGUGUUGAGGUACACCCGCUUCAGUUCCACACCAACCUCGGUCCCAUCUGCUUCAACGUCUGGGACACUGCGGGACAGGAGAAGUUUGGUGGUCUGCGUGAUGGAUACUACAUCCAGGGUCAAUGCGGUAUCAUCAUGUUCGACGUGACUUCGCGUAUUACCUACAAGAACGUGCCCAACUGGCACCGUGAUUUGGAGCGCGUCUGCGAGAACAUCCCCAUUGUUCUUUGCGGUAACAAGGUUGAUGUCAAGGAGCGCAAGGUCAAGACCGGUGCGGUUACCUUCCACCGCAAGAAGAACUUGCAGUACUUUGAAAUCUCGGCCAAGUCCAACUACAACUUCGAAAAGCCUUUCCUCUGGUUGGCGCGAAAGCUCGUCGGCAACCACGCUCUCGAGUUCGCUGCUGCUCCCGCUCUUGCUCCCCCCGAGGUCCAGGUCGACCAGGCCCUCAUGGCUCAAUACGACGCCGAACUCCAGCGCGCUGCUGCUGCUCCUCUGCCCGAUGAGGACGACGGUGAUCUCUAA